UGUAAAAAAAAAUCGGGGAAUAUGGGAAAUCGAGGAUUUUUGGUAAUGAAGAUUCUUCUAGCAUAGGAGAUAUUAGAUAUCGAUGAUUGAGCCGUUUUGAAGGAUAUCGGUUUUAUUUCUUCAGAUGCACUUUAAUGAAGCGCUUAACUUCCCGGACCAAUAAACAUGUCCGAAUCGUCUUACUGUGGAUGGAAUGGAAGCCCUGUGCAUGACUCUAGACGAUUCGCAUAUCCCUGUAGAUACGAAGACCUUGUCCCUCGAUUCGCCCGAGCUGUUCCGCAAAUAUCUAUGGUCGUAAACGAAGCGGUCAGCUACAUUUACACCAACUACAGGUACCUCCUAUCAAGUUUCAACCAAGCUUGGCUCUCCCCGGUACACCUGGAAGAUUAUGCUAGGCUCGUGGCAUUAAAGGGAGCUGCACUCAAUAACUGCUGGGGGGUUAUCGAUGGAACGGUGAGACCAAUUUGCAGGCCUGGGCUUCAGCAGAGGACCAUGUAUAAUGGCCACAAGCGUGUCCACGCAAUCAAAUUUCAGAGCGUUGUCGCGCCUAAUGGUUUGAUUGCCAACCUUUUCGGUCCCAUUGAAGGUAAACGACACGACAGUGCCAUGCUACAUGAGUCAGGCUUGCUGCCGCUCUUAGAAAGGCAUGCUAUCAACACGGCUGGGCAGCCACUCUGCCUUUAUGGGGACCCCGCCUACCCGUUGAGGGCUCAACUGCAGUGCCCAUUCAGAGGAAGAAACCUGCACACCCAACAGGAGCUAUUUAACCUCUCCAUGAGCAAAGUUCGCACUGCAGUUGAAUGAGUUUUUAAUGACAUAUCAACUUACUUUGCAUUUCUAGACUUUAAGAAAGACGGGAUAUGCGAAUCGUCUAAGAGUCAUGCACAGGGCUUCCAUUCCACAGCGCUUCAUUAAGUCGAUAUAAAUCAUUUUUAAUGAAGCGAAACUCACUCAAACACUCGUCGUCCGUCCGCGAGUCAAGAUCAAA